AUAGACACUUUAAAAACAUUGCGCCGGAGUGUUUCGUUGAGCAUAGACGUCGCGCCGUGCCGUGUGUGCUUGUGUGCGUUUAUAUACCAUCACACAAAACUUCAUCAAAAUGCCGGCUCCAGACUAUAAUGUGGAGCUGGACCUCAGUGAACCACCCCCGGAGCUGCAGGAAUAUGCAAGAUUGCAAUGUGGAGAGGAUCCUAACACAAAAUUGCAAGCUAUUUGCGAGCUUAAAGAGAUGAUAUACGAGCGAGGCGAGUGCAAUCCUCAUCGCAUGGACGAUGAAUUCUUGCUGAGAUUUUUGCGAGCCCGCAAUUUUAUACCUCAAAGAGCUCAUAGAUUGAUGGUGAAUUAUUACCGAUUCAAGGAAGAAAAUCAGGAUUUAUUUGAAAAUGUGUACCCAUUGGAUCUCCGAAGGAUAGGAGAUGCAAAUGUUCUAGCUGUGCCUCCAUAUCGUGAUCAGAACGGACGGAGGCUACUUAUUUAUAGAAUAGGCUGUUGGGAUCCUAAAGCCAUAGCGGUGGAAGAGCUCUUCAAAGCAACAAUUUUUGCUCUUGAGCUGGGUAUGUUGGAGCAACGCACUCAGAUCCUGGGUGGAGUGGCUUUGUUUGAUCUGGAAGAUCUGGGCACUCAGCACGCAUGGCAGAUUACUCCAUCCGUAGCCAACAAAAUAGUCAAACUUUUAGUGUCUAGUUUCCCUGCAACCACACAUGCAAUACACGUGAUCAACCAUUCAUGGAUAUUUGACAAAAUGUACAGUAUAUUCAAGCCUCUGUUGACAUCUGAAAUGCGGUCCAGAAUCUUCUUCCACGGUUAUGAUAUAAGUUCUUUGCACAAGCACAUUCUGCCCGAGUAUCUGCCAAAAAGGUAUGGUGGCACAUGGCCAGAUUUUCCGUAUACGGUAUGGUUGGAUUCAUUAAAGAAAAAUGUCAUAGUGGCUAAAGAGGUCCUGGGAUGUGGGUAUAAAUUUCGUGAGGAGGACAUUUGUCCCGAGGUCGUGAGACAACUUAAAGAACAAGGCAUAAAGUUAUCGUGAAAGUAUAAUUAUUAUGAAGUGAAUUACAAUAAUUUGAGACUUGUUUUAUUUUAGUGUACUUAAUUAAAUGAUCAUUUUGUAAUAGAUAUACAUAUAGAAAUUAUAAAUGCGAAAGUGUCUGCUAAAUUUUAACGGCCCAUCCGUUAAACAAAUUUUGACGAAAUUCGUUACCUUACAGAGAUUGCUUGCAUUCUAGGGACGGGCAUCCAUCGGCUACUUUUUAUCCCGGAAAAACAGACUUCCGACGCGAUUUUUCAAAUUCCUAUUAUAUUCCUAUAUAUAAUAUAUUCACAGGGGCAUCAUCUAGUGUUAAGUAGUUUUUAAUUAAUAUUAUAGGGGUUUACCUUGAUAGAAAACACACGAUCAAUGUAUCUGUUUCAUCUACUUUACUACUCACUAAAUAUGGAAGUUUAGAGUGAAAUUAAAGAAUACCUUGCUUGACACUCUUUUUGCUUAAGAUUUCGUAUUUUAAUUAAAAGUAAACUAUCCUAGAAAUCUAGAUUAAGAAACUUGUGGCAAGUAGUUUUAUGUUGGUAGGUAUAACCAGUAGUAAUUAUACAAUCUAGUAAUCAAAUUAUCGAUUCACAGACAUCGUUAUAGAUUGAAAAUGUACCUAGUCAUUAAAUAAAUUGUUCAAACAAUGAUAAUUGCGGGUUUUUGCAAGUUUUUUUAUGGCAUCACCCAAUUCCAGAGAUCAAAUUGCUAUCUUAACCAACACUAAUAAACUGUAUCCGUCUAUAAUUAUUUUUAAUUCUGGCAACUAGGCUACUAAGUUAAUACGAUGUUGGGAUCUGAAAAUUGAUUCCAUAAUAGUAUUCUUACUAAAUAUAAUAAUUAUGUAGGUGUACAUAGCAGGUAAUAACACUGAAUCCAAUCGUGGCCAAGUUCAAUUUAAAUUUUUUGUUUUUAUACUCAAUAAUAAUUAUUAAAUAAUUAACUUUAAUUUUAAAUUAGAUUAACUAUAACUAGUUGACCCGGCCUGGCUUCGCAAGUAUACCAAGUUGCGUUAAAAUCCGUUCAGUAGUUUCAGCGUAAAGUGUGCUCAGACAGAUAGACAAAAAUUAUAAAACUGGCCAAGUGCGAGUCAGACUAGCGCAUUGAGGAGCAGAAAAAGUAAAACGUAUGUGCGUAUGAAUCACUUUUGUUAACGAACCGCAAAACUACUCGUAAGUUUGUUCGUAGAGGAUUGUUGAUAUAAUUAGGUAUACCUUUACCUACUGUUAAUAUAAAACAAACUAUGAUAGUUAGAGUGCUGGUUUUAUUUUUUUAACAUUUGCAUUCGACAUAAAUCGUUCAGUUACAGUAUACGUAUAGAUUUAAGUUUAGUUAUAAAAUUAGAUUAACAAGUAGGUAUUUUCGGUAUAAUCAAUACAAAAAACUUUUUGUACUGAUUAUUUAUUAUUAUCAUGUAUUUGAUUACUUAUUUAAGAUCAAGAUGUAAUACUUACUACAUAUGUAUAAGUACCUACAUAUAAUGCAAAUAGUUGUUUACUUGUAAUGAUAAUAAUAUGAGGUUUGUAAAAAUAUUAUUACAUACGUAUAAUUUCAUUUUAAGUUUAAAAUAGGGAUAUAAUAAUUAAGAUUCGUCAAAAAACCUGUGAUAAAAACUUAUUCCAAUGGUGAAAGAAUCAUCUAUUUUAAAUGUUUGUAUGAUACUUAAAGUAAGGUAAAGAUAAUAUGGGUUAUUAAACUUAAGGAGAAACUGUUCAAAUAGAUUAUAUUUUUCAGGUUAAUAUAAGUUUUAUUGUAAUUUGCCAAUUCAGUGCUUGUCCUUGUAGUCCAGCAGCAUGUGCCUUAUUAUGAUUUACUCUAUGAAAUAAAAUGUUUAAGUGA